GUCGCGCAGCCUCGUCCCCGCCGCCGCCAUUGGAGUCGGCGUCCCCUCCGCUUGUCCGCUCCGGCCCUUCGCCCGACCGCCGCUCCCGGCCCGCGCGCCUAGUGCCGCCGCUGCGCUCGGCCGCGCCCGCGGAGUUGGCGGCGAGGCCCGGGGCCGCGUGCGCGGGCCGACAGGCCCGGCCUCGCGGGAGGCCCAAGCCCUCGGCGCCCGCCCCGCGCCGCGCUGUUCAUGAAGCAUGUCGGCCACCAGCGUGGACCCCCAGAGAACAAAAGGACAAGAUAAUAAAGUACAAAAUGGUUCUUUGCAUCAGAAGGAUACAGUUCAUGACAAUGACUUUGAGCCCUACCUUUCUGGACAGUCCAAUCCGAGUAACAGUUACCCCUCGAUGAGCGAUCCCUACCUGUCCAGCUACUAUCCACCAUCCAUCGGAUUUCCUUACUCCCUCAAUGAGGCGCCGUGGUCCACCGCAGGGGACCCUCCAAUUCCAUACCUCACCACUUAUGGGCAGCUCAGUAACGGAGACCAUCAUUUCAUGCACGAUGCUGUUUUUGGGCAGCCGGGAGGCCUGGGGAACAGCAUGUAUCAGCAUAGGUUUAGCUUCUUCCCUGAAAACCCUGCAUUCUCAGCGUGGGGGGCAAGUGGUUCUCAGGGGCAGCAGACCCAGAGCUCUGCAUAUGGAAGCAGCUAUACCUACCCUCCAAGCUCCCUGGGUGGCACGGUUGUUGAUGGGCAGACAGGUUUUCACAGUGAUACCCUUAAUAAGGCACCUGGGAUGAACAGCCUGGAGCAGGGCAUGGUUGGCCUAAAGAUCGGGGAUGUUACCACCUCUGCGGUCAAGACGGUGGGCUCUGUUGUCAGCAGUGUGGCACUGACAGGUGUCCUUUCUGGCAAUGGUGGGACAAAUGUAAAUAUGCCAGUCUCAAAACCAACCUCUUGGGCUGCUAUUGCUAGUAAGCCUGCAAAACCACAGCCUAAAAUGAAAACAAAGAGUGGGCCUGUAGUCGGGGGUGCCCUGCCUCCUCCACCUAUAAAGCAUAACAUGGACAUCGGCACCUGGGAUAACAAGGGGCCUGUGCCGAAGGCCCCAGCCCCCCAGCAGGCACCAGUCCCCCAGUCUGCCCCACAGCCCCUGCAGGUGGCCCAGCCUCUCCCAGCUCAGCCUCCCCCAUUGGCCCCUCCACAGUAUCAGAGUCCUCAGCAGCCACCCCAAACCCGCUGGGUCGCCCCUCGAAACAGAAAUGCUGCCUUUGGGCAGAGUGGAGGGGCUAACAGUGAUAGUAACUCUCCUGGAAAUUCCCAGUCUAAUUCUGCCCCUGGUGUAGACUCCCACCCCGUCCUUGAGAAACUGAAAGCCGCCCACAGCUACAACCCUAAAGAAUUUGAUUGGAACCUUAAAAGCGGGCGGGUGUUCAUCAUAAAGAGCUAUUCUGAGGACGACAUCCAUCGCUCCAUCAAGUACUCCAUCUGGUGCAGCACGGAACAUGGCAACAAGCGCCUGGACAGCGCCUUCCGUGCUGUGAGCAGCCAGGGGCCUGUCUACCUGCUCUUCAGUGUCAACGGGAGUGGGCAUUUCUGCGGGGUGGCGGAGAUGAAGUCUCCUGUGGACUAUGGCACCAGUGCUGGGGUCUGGUCUCAGGACAAGUGGAAGGGCAAGUUUGACGUGAAGUGGAUUUUUGUCAAGGACGUGCCCAAUAACCAGCUCCGGCACAUCAGACUAGAGAACAACGACAACAAACCGGUCACAAACUCCCGAGACACACAGGAGGUGCCCCUAGAAAAAGCCAAACAAGUGCUGAGAAUUAUUGCUUCCUACAAGCACACCACCUCCAUCUUUGAUGACUUUUCUCACUAUGAGAAGCGGCAGGAGGAGGAGGAGGUGGUGCGCAAGGAACGGCAGAAUCGAAACAAACAAUAAGGACAAGCCAGUUUCUUAUGUGGUUAGCAGUUCCUUUGAAAGCAGAUUUUAAAACUGUAUGCUUGGUGCUGUCUUCGGCGUCAGCUCCAGUGUGUCGUCCUGUGUGGGUUGAGUUGUGGCAUCUUUACCUUCUUUGUAGUUCAUUUUUGCCAGAUGGGUCUGCAUUCAUUUGUAUUUUUUCUAUGUAUUAUAAUAUUGUAGAACUCACUAAUAAAGAAGUAUUUUUUGUCAGCUUAUCAGUCAGACUGACCUAAUGCAAAAUAUAAAUAUCCUUAAAGACAAUAAAAAACCUAAUACAUCCCAAAGAUUUUUUUUUUAAUUUUGGAAGAAAUUAUGUUCUUAUUAUUUUAUCCAGUCAUUUAUUGUUUCCAUAGGAGACUUUAUUUCUCUCCUCUCUACUGUUUUAUAGCAAAUGUAAGAACACAUGGGUGGUUUUGUUGGAUAGAGUAUGCUGUUAAAAUCUUCACAGCACGAAAUCAAAGAUUAGAGAUCACCCUCUUGUGAUUGAUUUGCCAUUUUUGCUAUCUGUGUUAUCUUUCUAAAAUGUUGAUCUGUCCACUUGGAUUUUCUGCUGGACAGAGAGAUAAGUCUUGAUUUUUCUAACGUGGAGACCACGUUUGUGUGCUGGGAAGAGCCAUCCUUCCUGAUGCCUUGCCCACGCAGAACUGGCCACUUCCCCCCACUGCUGCUGGCUAAUCCGCUGCCAAGGAUUAGGAAGGCGUUUUAGGUCUGGGAUCAGUGUUCAGUUGUUCUUAGUUGUUGGCAGGUCAUUUUUAAUUUCCCCCUUUUUUUUCACUUGAGAACUCCGAUGUCAUCUUAAGUUUUUGUACCAAUAAUACUGAGCUUUAAAAGUAGGAUUUGGUGGUACAGACAGUGUGAUGGGUGAUGCCGCCGACUGUAAAUUCACUGUGUCUAUUUUUUUUUUCUGUCGAAUGGGUGAAAAAAAGCAAAAAAACAAAAAAAUACCCCAAACAAAAAAAUUUCCCUGAAACACCCCCCACACAAAAAAACCCUUUUAGAAAACGAAUUUGCUGUCAUGUUUUGUGGAGUGAGGGCCUGUUGGAGUUCGCCGCCUGGAGUUGGAGUCCAGCAUGGAAGUGGUGCUCACGCCCGCCACCCUCGCACACCGAAUCUGCACGCGCCCGCUGUAGAGGAUCCUUCCUGUCUUAGAGAGCAGAUACCUUCUGAAGCUAUUUACUCCAAAAGACCCUCUGAGUUAAAGUGUAAGCUGUAUUAUUUAGACUUGUAUCUAGAACGUGUCACUUGCUCUGAGUUGUUACUGCCUGUACGGAGUCAUGGACGGCGUUGGAUCGCUGUCCUCUAGGAGAAUACAAGCCUUAAUAAACACCUGUUUAGCAA